AGUUGGCGGCUCCCUCUCCCUACUCCUCCCCUCUCCCUCUUCGUCACGUGUGGGCGUGCGGGGGCCGCCUCCUGCCCCACCGUGGGCGGGAGCGCGUGCGUGUGAGGGGGACUCAGAGCGGGUGAGACCCUCUCGCCGUGGCGGCUCAGCUGCCGCUGGGAGCUUCUUGCCCGGGCGGCCGCGCUCCUUCCUUUUUGGCCGCUCUUCCUCGGGCCGCAAUAUGCCUCCGCUGCCCUCUGGCUGGUCGCCAUGCCGGGGAUUUGCAGGCGCUUGCCGUCCUCCUCGCUUCUGGGGCUGGCUGCCGCGUCGUGUUUGCCGCUGCUACUACUCUUGCUGCUGAGGGUCCGCCCGGGCUCUGCAGCCUCCACUAGCGCCCUCGAUCUGAGCCUCGGUAGGCAACCUCAGCAGCAGAAGGAACAGCGAGCCUCCCUAUCGGGAGCAUCUUCUUCUUCCUCAGCGGCCGUUCCAGAGUUUGCAGCAAGCCGAGAUCCGCUUCCUCCCACCCGCCAAACCUUUUCACGACUUUUGCUAUUAGACCCAUCUCUUCUCUUCCGUGUGGAUGUGUGCGAUCAGGAUGGCGCAGUGUGUUUACAUAAACUAAAAGGAUCUAUGUUUACACUGAAAGUGCAGGUCAAUGACAUCAUCAGUCAUCAGUAUCUGUGCCAAGCUGUUGUAGAAGUGUUUGUCAACCAUACAAAAACAAAUUCUACACUAACUGGAAAUAAUGGAGCAGUAUUAAUACGAGUUCCCUAUCAGCUAGGUCUAAGUUUAACUAUUGCGUCUUAUAAAGAUGGUUAUAUGUUAACACCUUUGCCUUGGAAGACUGGAAGAAUGCCAAUAUAUUCAUCAGUCACACUUUCACUGUUCCCCCAAAGCCAAGCAAAUAUAUGGUUGUUUGAUGAUACAGUUUUAAUUACUGGGAAAUUGUCUGAUGCCAAAUCUCAACCAAGUGUUCAAUUUCCAAAAUAUUUAAUAAAACUUCCUAUGAACCACCAUAUCACAAAUGUUACGGCCUACCUUACAGUGCCACAACAGUUUUUGAAAGUGGACCAUUUUCUCUAUACAACGGGAAUUCUUUUAAAUAAGUCAGGUUUCAAAAGUAUUGAAUUAACUCCUCUUGCUGCAAUAUGUGUAAACCUAUUUUCGGUUGGGAAAGAACUGAAAGUGGAUGGCCCCAUUCAGAUAACAUUGCCUCUCCUACCUACAAGUACUGUCAGAGCAGGAGAUCCUAUCCCAGCAUGGACCUUUGACAUGAAAACUGGUGCCUGGGUGAAUCGUGGAUUGGGCAUGGUAAAGGAUGCACAUGAUCAUCUUGUGUGGACGUACGCUGCUCCAAGUCUGGGCUAUUGGAUAGCAGCUCCACUGCCUGGAUCUAGAGACUCCAUUAUUACAACGGUCACUAAGGAUAUAACUGCAUACCACACAGUGUUCCUCACAGCCAUAUUGGGAGGCACUGUCAUCAUUAUCUUUGGGUUCUUUGCAGUUCUCCUUUGCUACUGCAGGGAUAAAUGUGGUCAGUCAAAAAAGAGAAGAAGAAAUACAACUCAGCGAGACAUCUUGAAAAAGGAUCAGACGACAUCAACAACUCACAUAAAUUAUCUUGGCAUUGGCAAAGGAUCACUGAAGCCAGAGGACAAAUCGCAGUUGUAUUCAACCAUGUUAUCCUCUUAUAGCCCCCAAAGAGGAGCUUUGGCUGAAGGGGAGGAGAGAAAAGGCCAUGACAGCUUUAAAAUCUACACAGAAGGUGCUUCAUACCAGUCCUCCAGCAAAAAUUCUCACUGUAGGACCUCAUCCGAGUCCUUGGAACCUAACAUGGGAGGGAGGCAUUUACAGCCAACAAAACAUAUUGGUGGCAGUGUUUCCCCUACAAGAGAUUUGCAAGAACAGAACUGCUAUCUUUCAACAAAUGAGGAAAUAUAUGGUCUCUCUUCCCUCCCUGAACAAUUAAUUCAUCUUUAUAGUCAACCUAUUGCCAUCCUUCAAACACCUGACCUCUUCCAUUCCCCGGAGCAGUUGCAUGCUGCCAAGUCAGCUACUUUGCCAAGAAAAGGACAAUUGGUCUAUAGCCCAAUGAUGGAGCCAAUGAAUCGGGAAAGUUAUACCCAGACAUUACCCAAGAUGCCCAUGCAUUCUCACCUGCAGGCACCGACAUCUAGAGAUGAAACAACUACACUAGAUGCCCAACAGGGCUUAUCCCCUCAAGCAACAAAUUGGGGGCGCUACACCAAUAGCUUGCUUGAGUCAGUUUCUGUCCCAGGAACGCUAAAUGAAGCUGUGGUCAUGACACCAUUUUCAUCUGAACUUCAAGGCAUUUCAGAACAAACCUUGCUGGAGCUUUCAAAAGGAAAACAAUCUCCACAUCCACGAGCAUGGUUUGUAUCAUUGGACGGCAAGCCAAUAGCUCAGGUGAGGCAUUCAUUCAUUGAUCUGAAGAAGGGCAGGAAGACUGAAAGUAAUGAUACUAGCUUGGACUCUGGCGUGGACAUGAAUGAACAUAAUCCCAGUCGAAAACUGGAGAGGGAGAAAACCUUCAUUAAAAGCAUGCAACAUUCUAAAGUUCUGUACCUGGAAGACUUGGAUCUCAGUAGUAGUGAAAGUGGGACCACAAUUUGCACACCUGAAGAUCAGACUAUGAAGCACAUGCCAGGUGGUGAUCCAGUCAUGGAGCAGCACCCAGAAGAGAUGCCUAGGAGGAAGAAAACAGCAGAAGACCACGAGGCUAGCCCUUCACCAGCCAAGAAACAGGGAAGGCCACCUCUGACUAAGAGAGACAGCAAGAACAAUAUAUGGAAGAAGAGAGAAGAGAGGCCACUCAUUCCAAUAAAUUAAAAUGGCAGUUAUGUCUGUAUAUUGGUC